UGGGCUGUGUACAAUUUACCUGGGAUUGUUUGGGGUUUAUGGGCGGCCGAAAUGGCGUGUGGACACAUGUAGCGUUCCUCAGAAAGCGCAGCUCCGAAAUCUGUGAAGCGACACAGUCCGGGUCUGGACUCGACCCCGGACCGUUGGUUUCUACUGUUGAUGUCAAACUUUGAUGCGAAAAUCCCCAUCUCUCAGAAAGCGUUACACCUGUUCCUUGCAGCCAACGUACGCGUCAACAUCCAUCUCCGCCUCAAAGCCAAUCUCAACACGAUGCGUAACAGAGGCUCAGCACCAGAUGCAUGAUCCUCCCCCAAAGAACACAAUGGUCUAUUUUACCCAGACUCUUUUGCGCGCCCUGGGACGUCUUACACAGCCCCCACUAGAAACGGAAGGAGUUAUCAGUCAGGGCCUCUCGAUCCAAAUCUCCGCUGGCUUUGUGAAAUGCGGCACAGAGACAGACAUUGAACGGGAUGCCCCUGGUCGAGUCAAAAGGUGCGAGGGCAAAGAAACUAGAGAAAUGGAAGGAGCACAGUCAGGACUUUGUGUCCUGAUUCACAUUGCCAAAAGUGUCCGUGUUGGAUCGGUUGUCCACAGCCUGCAAUUUGCGGAAGCACCUGAAUACGCGGGACUACGUUAGCGAUGCGCAAGAAAACGCGGGGUUCGCGUCCCCGACGGCUUGGAGUCGGUCUUGGCUGUUUGUUGUCGGCUUGGGGGCCGGCGUGAUUGUUCAUCAAACUGGAUGUGAGAGCCAACAAAGCGGAAUGGCCUUCGGCGUGACCAUCAUUUUCGGUCGGUCUUUGCUAUGUCGCGGUUCUUGUGGCUGUUAAUCUAGUUACAAUACGACGGUACGGAUUCCGUUUGCGAGAAGAUGAGAGUGAAUGUUCCCCUUCCCCGG